GUUCAUCGGUGUGGAUUUAUUGUUUCUGGUACUAAUGGAGCAAUUCAUGUUACAAGAUGUAAUACAUAUAAACUUUUAGGAGGAUAUGAUGUAUGUGGAAAAAAUUGUGUUUUACAAAAUACAUUUAGAUCAAAUUUACCUGUUUAUUAAUAUAAAAUUGAAUUUUAAUAUAUUAUGAUCGAUUAAUGGGAUGAUAAGGUAGAAAAUAUUACAAUAAAUGGAGUUAUUGCAUAGACUCUUUAGAAAGAUACAACUGCAUCGACUAGUUUAUGUGGAGGACCAACUAAUGAAAAAAUAUAAAAGGUGGAAAUAUAUUAUUAAACAAGUGAAAGAAUAAUUAAUGUUACAUUUUCUAAUAAUUUAAAUUUAGACGCUAGUAUUUAAUCUUUUGGAAUAAAUGAAUUAAUAGUUACUGGUUUUUAAUGUAUGUCUUAGUGUGCUUAAUGUACUGAUCAUACUUCAUGUGAUUUAUGCAAUCCUGGAUUUUUUUAUAAUGAUUCUUAAUGCAUUAAUUCAUGCCCAGGAAGAAAAUUCGAAAAUGCAGUAUCUAGAACUUGUGAUGAUUGCAAUAAUAGAUGUGCAAGUUGUUCUGAUGCGAUUAAUUGUGAUUCUUGCUUUGAGAAUAGAGUUUCUUAAUAAUGUAUUUGUCCUUAAUAUUCCUAUGAUCCUAAUGCUUUCGAUUAAGCCUGUAUUAUAUGUUCUACUUUUUCAACUGGAUGUGCUACAUGCAGUGCAACGGAAUGUCUUACAUGCAUAGCCCCUUAAUAUUUUUAAUUAAACCAAAAUAAAUAAUGUGAUUCAUGCUUAAAUAUAACGA